AGAGCUUUUUGAGAAAAGGGUGGAUUCCUUUCUUUCCUUCAUCUCAUCUUCUACGAACUGAGGAAAAAGAUGAGGAUUCCGGCAGUAUUUUCCGGCGGAGUGGAAGCGCUUAAUGAAAGAGCGGCGAAGAUGAAUGAAGCGCUUCAGAAGAGUCAGUCCAUUACUGAUACUAUGGUCUCUGUACUUGGUUCCUUUGAUCAUCGUCUCUCUGCUCUUCAAACCGGUUUGCGUCCUACUCAGAUUAGGACAGAUGAGAUUAGAAGGGCUCAUGAUAACAUCGACAAGACACUGGAGACAGCAGAAGUUAUUUUGUUUCAAUUUGAUCUUUCUCGUGAGGCAGAGUCUACGAUACUUAGAGGUCCACAUGAUGACUUGGAAGGCUACCUUGAAGCGAUUGAGCAAAUAAAGAACAGUGUUAGUUUCUUCAGCAACAACAAAAGCUUUAAGAACAGGGUUGGAGUAAUCAAUCACACAAAUGAUGUACUUGAAAAAGCCAUAUCAAAGUUAGAAGAAGAAUUCAAGCAACUUCUUUCAUCCUAUAGCAAACCUGUGGAACCUGAAAGUCUUUUUGACUGCCUUCCAAGUUCAUCAAGGCCGUCAUAUGACUCAGAAGGUACUCAAGGUGAUUCAGGUGGAAAAUCUCAUUCGAGUCAUGAACAACAUCCCAACACUGGCUUAGAGAUUGUAGUUUACACACCACCAAUUCUCAUACCACCAAGGAUUUUGCCGCAACUGCACUACUUAGCUCAACAAGUGGUUCAAGCUGGUCACCCGAAACAGUUGGUUAAAAUAUACAGAGAUAUUCGUUCUCCAAUAAUGAAAAAAAGCCUCCAUAAAUUGGGAGUUGAAAAGCUGAACAAGGAAGAUGUUCAGAAAAUGCAGUGGGAAGUUCUAGAGGCUAAGAUUGGGAACUGGGUUCAGUGCAUGCGAAUAGCCGUCAAACUGUUGUUUGCUGGGGAACGGAGAGUCUGUGAUCGGAUACUUGAGGGCAUUGGUUCUCUAGAUGCUCAGUGUUUUGCUGAAGUCACUUCUAGUAGUGUUGAUCUGCUGCUUAGUUUUGGAGAGGCCAUUACUAAAACCAAGAGAUCACCAGAAAAGUUAUUUGUGCUUUUGGACAUGUAUGAGGUCAUGCGGGAACUUCAUUCAGAGAUUGAAGCACUUUUCAGUGGGAAAGAUUGUGCAGAGAUCAGAUAUUCUGCGAUGGGCUUAAUGAAGCGGCUUGCCCAGACUGCACAAGACACUUUUGGUGAUUUUGAGGAAGCAAUUGGAAAAGAUGCUGCCAAGACUCCAGUUGUAGACGGAACCGUCCAUCCUCUGACAAGCUAUGUUAUUAAUUAUGUCAAGUUCUUGUUUGACUACCAGUCAACCUUGAAACAGCUUUUCCAAGAUUUAGACUCACAGUUGGCAGCUGUAACUAUGCGAAUAAUGGAGGCUCUCCAGGCUAAUCUAGACACAAAAUCAAAGCAAUAUAGGGAUCCUUCUCUUACUCAGUUGUUCCUUAUGAACAACAUUCACUAUAUAGUCAGAUCUGUACGAAAUUCUGAAGCCAAAGAUCUACUAGGCAAUGAUUGGGUCCAAAUACACAGGAGAGUUGUUCAACAGCAUGCAAAUCAGUACAAGAGGAUUACUUGGACAAAGAUUCUGAAAUAUCUCUCUAUACAAGGCCUGAACUCAUCUGGUGUGGAUGGGGCAAAUAGCAGCGGUAUUUCAAAAACGAUACUGAAGGACCGGUUGAAGUCAUUUAACAACCAGUUUGAGGAGCUUCAUCAUCGACAAUCCCAGUGGAUUGUUCCAGACUUGGAGUUGCGAGAAUCCCUAAGACUUGCUGUUGCGGAAGUCUUAUUGCCAGCUUAUCGAUCUUUUAUCAAACGAUUUGGGCCAUUGGUUGAGGCUGGGAAGAAUCCACAAAAGUACAUCAGGUACACACCAGAGGACGUUGAGCAUAUGCUGGGAGAGUUUUUCGAAGGGAAAUCUUUUCCCGAACCUAAGCGAUAGACAAAAAAGAGAUCCAUCGUUAGGGCCGGUUUCAGCUCCCUUGUUUGAGCAUGCGUAAAUUGCAUGUUUCUUCUGGAUUCCGGCAUAUAUUUAUUAUUAUUAUUUUCUGACAGUUACAUGGAUCUAGAUGUUGUUGUUGUGAUUAUAUCGGCUGUAAUUUUGCACAUCUUAGAUAAACAGAUUCCCUUUGAGAUGAUAGGGGAUCUAAUUACGGCUGUUUUUGUUUAGCAUUAACUUGUGAACACAUGCAAAUAAUUGUGUUCACUCAUAUAUAUAUAUAUGAAUAAAAGUUAAUAAAAUGCUUACCAUUGAUUUGGUUCAAGUUUAAUU